AUGGACUCUUCACGUCUGCAGGCACUGACGCCAUUGACGAUUGGGCGAAGUAGCUUCAAAGCCACUCUGCUUGGGGCGCUGUGGGGCUUUGGUCACAGCAUUGGCCAAUUGAUACUGGGGCUGCUGAUGGUCAUCCUGAAGGAUCGCUUCACAUCCCUGGUGCCAGCCCUGAGCAAGUAUGGGUCUGUGACCGUCGGUGUGACGCUGCUUGUCAUCGGCGUGGGAGGCCUGUACGAAAACUUCUUGGAGGGCGCAGAGCUUGCAGAUGAGCCGCAAGCUGCAUACGCAGGUGCUGGAUCACCUGGCCUGGAGACUGUGGGGACACAGCCAGUGAGCAGCAGCAGCGGCGGUGGCUUGCCAGCAGAUGGCAACAGCCUGCGCACGCUCUUCACAGGGAUCGUGUUUGGGCUGCAGCCGGACGCUCUUUUUGUGAUUGUGCCCGCGCUCGCGCUGCCCAGCAAGCUGGCAGCCAUGGCCUACAUCUUCAUGUUUGUCUUUGGCACCGUCGCUGCCAUGGGCAGUUACACUGCCUUCAUCGGUGCCACCUCAAACGCCAUGCAGAAGAAUCACUCAGGGCUGUGCUCAAAGCUGUCCAGCAUUGCCUCUGUCGUGGCCAUCUGCAUUGGCUCGGCUGUGUUGGCUGCUGGCUUUGGCGUGCGGCUCCCCUUUACAUAG